UUCGAUGCCGGCUUUUGCCCUCUAAUGAACGACACCCAAAAUCAUCAAUUAGCAGAUUCUGAAAUAAACACAGCACUGCUACGCGCAAAAAAGCUCGCUGCAACUGACGGAGGGCACAAGAGAACAAAUUCAGACGACUUGAACUUUUUACCCACCAAACGCGAAAAGCUCAACGGUACAGAAGACAUGGCUGGCAUGGGAAUGGGUCCACCGGUGAGCGAAACACUCGUCGACGCCGUUGACAUCCCUGAAAGUCAAGUUGGACUUGUUAUUGGACGUGGUGGGGAGCAAAUACAGCUCAUUCAGCAGCAAUCUGGAUGUAGAGUUCAAAUGGCUGGUGAAAGUGGUAAUGCUGGGUACCGUCAAUGCACUUUGCAAGGGCCUCGUCAAUGCAUUGAUCGUGCAAAGGCUCUUAUUCAUGAUGUUCUUGAGAGAAGCGCCCGCGGAGGGCUUGGGGCUCAAAAUGGGAAUAUGGCGACUGUUGAAUUGAGCAUUCCUGGUGGAAAGUGUGGAUUGAUAAUUGGGAAGAAUGGUGAAACCAUAAAAGGACUCCAGGAGCAAAUUGGUGUUAAGAUGAUGCUGAUUCAAGACAAUCAUCAAGUUACUAUGGGAAAUAAGCCAUUGCGUAUUUCUGGAGUUCCCGAGAAAGUUGAACAUGCUAAGCGUAUAAUUGAGAGUCUGUUGGCAGGUGAUGCGUCGACUCAGCCUAACCUUUCCCAAGCUUUGCGUGCUGCAAAUGGGCCUAAGUCUAUUGGAGAAGUAAUCGUACCACGCUCUUCGGUUGGAGUUAUUAUUGGGAAAGGCGGUGACACUAUCAAGCGUUUGGCUGCUGAAACCGGUGCUAAAAUACAAUUCAAGCCGGACGGUUCGUUUGCCUCAAUUCAAGAUCAACAAAAUUAUGAUCCAAGUCUACAAGAACGCUGUGCAGUAAUUCAAGGAACUCCUGAACAAAUUAGCCGUGCUACUCAAUUAAUUUCCGAUCUUGUUACUCGUAGCGGAAGUGGUAGUCAACAGCAAGAAACUUUCUAUAUGCAUGUUCCUGCUAAUAAGACUGGUUUGGUUAUUGGAAAAGGUGGUGAUACAAUUAAACAGAUCUCUGGAGAAACUGGCGCUCAUGUGGAGCUGAGUCGGGAUUCGCCACCCAAUCCGAAUGAGAAAGUUUUUGUGAUACGUGGGACUCCUUAUCAAAUUCAUCAUGUACAGCACAUUAUUCGCAUAAAGGUUGGAGAUAUUGCGCCUGGAACUCCUUUGCCACCAUUCCAUACCGGAUCUGCUACUGCGACAUUGACUGCUGCGCCAACUGCUGCCCCAUUGACUACUGUUGGAAAUCCGUAUGGGCCAACAAGCAUUCCUCAAACAUUUAAUGCUGCACCUACACAUCAGGUUCAAGAUCCGUCAGUUUGGAAUCAAUAUUAUAAUCAGCAACAAGCUGGGUUUGCUGCUGCAACUGCGAAUGUUGCCCCGCAACAGACAUUUGCUAGUGCUGCUGCUCAACAGCAUUUUCAGCCAAUGCCUGGAGGUAUGAAUACGGCCGUUUCGCAGACUCCUCAGCUCCAGCCACAACUUCAUCCACAAGUGCAGCCGCACCAUCAAGCUGCUCACCAAAUGCAGCAGCAGGCUAUGGCUCAGCCACAACAACAACUUUCUAUGCAAGGAGCGCUGACAAACGCUGCUGCAAUGAACAAUGCAGGAGGUGGUUCUGCGCCAGCUAUCAAUCCACAGACUGGCCAGCCUGAUUACAGUGUUCAGUGGGCUGAAUACUACCGCACGAUGGGAAUGCAUUCUCAGGCCGAGCAGAUUGAGCGACAAAUCAAGCAAAAUCAGACGGUAAUUCAACAUCCUCAGCAACAACUUUAUAUGUAA